GCGGCUCGGCGCGCCAUGGCCGGCCGCUCGAGGGACCCGCCGCUUCAGCAGCCGCCCGGCGACACAAUCACUUCCGGUUUCUCUUCCCCCAACCCCCCAGCAGCAGCAGCGGCGGCGGCGGCUCAGGAGGUCAGAUCUGCCACGGAUGGUAGCAGCAGCAGCAGCUCUUCCUCCUCCACCACCACCAAGAAGAGAAAGCUGAACAGCAAUAGCAACAGCGGCGAAAGAGAAGACGUCGUCGACUCCAUCUCCUCCUGUGCCUCCCUCCUGUCGCGCAACAGCGGCUCCUCCUUGCCCGCUCUCAUUAUCACCGCCUCCACGGCCUCCUGUUCUUCCUCCUCCUCCUCUUCCUCAGGGCUCGCUUCUUCUUCCAACCACCACCUGCAGAAGAAGCUGCGUUUCGAGGACUCCUUGGAUUUUAUCGGACUGGAUGUAAAGAUGGCCGAGGAGUCGUCCUCUUCGUCGUCGUCCUCGUCGCCGGCUGCGUCUUCGCAGCAGCACCAGCAGCUCAAAAACAAAAGCCUCUUAAUCUCCUCAGUAGCGGUGGGACACCAUGCCAACGGCCUGACCAAAGCUGCCUCCUCCACUGUCUCCAGUUUUGCAAACAGUAAACCUGGGUCAGCCAAGAAGUUAGUGAUCAAGAACUUUAAAGAUAAACCUAAACUGCCUGAAAACUAUACAGAUGAAACCUGGCAAAAACUGAAAGAAGCUGUAGAAGCGAUUCAGAACAGUACUUCAAUUAAGUACAACUUAGAAGAGCUUUACCAGGCUGUUGAAAACCUUUGCUCCUACAAAAUUUCUGCAAAUUUGUACAAGCAAUUAAGGCAGAUUUGUGAAGAUCAUAUCAAAGCACAGAUCCAUCAGUUCAGAGAGGAUUCGUUGGACAGUGUUCUUUUUCUUAAGAAAAUAGACAAAUGUUGGCAAGACCAUUGCAGACAGAUGAUAAUGAUUAGAAGUAUCUUUUUGUUCCUGGAUCGAACUUACGUUCUCCAAAAUUCAAUGCUGCCAUCAAUUUGGGAUAUGGGGCUGGAAUUGUUUAGGACUCAUAUAAUUAGCGAUCAGAAAGUCCAGAACAAAACCAUUGAUGGCAUUCUUCUCUUGAUCGAAAGGGAAAGAAACGGAGAGGCUAUUGACCGGAGUCUUCUCCGCAGCCUCCUAAGCAUGCUUUCGGAUUUGCAAAUUUAUCAGGAUUCUUUCGAGCACAGAUUCUUGGAAGAAACAAACCGUCUCUAUGCUGCAGAAGGGCAGCGCCUUAUGCAAGAAAGAGAGGUCCCAGAAUAUCUUCACCAUGUCAAUAAACGCUUGGAAGAAGAGGCAGACAGGAUUAUAACAUACCUGGAUCAAAGCACUCAGAAACCACUAAUCGCCACUGUAGAAAAACAAUUGCUAGGAGAACAUUUAACAUCCAUCCUACAGAAAGGUUUAAAUCAUCUCCUGGAUGAAAAUCGAAUUCAAGAUUUGUCACUACUCUAUCAGUUGUUUAGUCGGGUCAAAAAUGGAGUGCAGGCUCUUUUGCAACAGUGGAUUGAAUACAUAAAGGCAUUUGGUAGCACCAUUGUCAUUAACCCCGAAAAGGACAAAACCAUGGUACAGGAGCUGCUAGAUUUCAAGGAUAAAGUGGAUCACAUCAUCGACAUCUGCUUCUUGAAAAACGAGAAGUUUGUCAACGCCAUGAAAGAAGCUUUUGAAACGUUCAUCAACAAAAGACCCAAUAAGCCAGCUGAACUCAUAGCUAAAUACGUGGAUUCAAAACUUCGUGCGGGCAACAAAGAGGCAACCGAUGAAGAGCUUGAAAAAAUGCUGGAUAAAAUAAUGAUCAUAUUUAGAUUCAUCUAUGGAAAAGAUGUAUUUGAGGCCUUUUACAAAAAAGAUCUCGCCAAGCGACUCUUGGUAGGCAAAAGUGCAUCUGUAGAUGCUGAAAAAUCCAUGCUGUCAAAACUCAAACAUGAAUGUGGUGCUGCUUUCACCAGCAAACUUGAAGGAAUGUUUAAAGACAUGGAGCUCUCUAAAGAUAUUAUGAUACAGUUUAAGCAAUAUAUGCAAAAUCAGAAUGUACCUGGUAACAUUGAACUCACCGUGAAUAUCUUGACCAUGGGCUACUGGCCUACAUACGUGCCUAUGGAGGUCCAUUUACCAUCAGAGAUGGUGAAGCUGCAGGAAAUAUUUAAGACUUUUUAUCUGGGAAAACACAGUGGCAGGAAACUUCAGUGGCAAUCAACAUUGGGACACUGUGUACUGAAAGCUGAAUUUAAAGAGGGCAAGAAAGAGCUCCAGGUGUCUUUGUUCCAGACUUUAGUGCUACUUAUGUUUAACGAAGGCGAAGAAUUCAGUUUAGAAGAAAUAAAACAAGCCACCGGAAUAGAGGAUGGAGAGCUAAGGAGAACCCUCCAGUCGUUAGCCUGCGGCAAGGCCCGAGUGCUGGCCAAAAGUCCCAAAGGCAAAGAUGUAGAAGAUGGAGACAAAUUCACUUGCAAUGACGACUUCAGGCAUAAACUCUUCCGGAUAAAGAUCAACCAGAUCCAGAUGAAAGAAACGGUAGAAGAACAAGCGAGCACUACAGAGAGAGUCUUUCAGGAUCGUCAGUACCAAAUUGACGCGGCAAUUGUGAGAAUCAUGAAAAUGCGCAAGACACUUACCCACAAUCUGCUUGUCUCUGAAGUAUACAACCAGCUGAAAUUCCCAGUAAAGCCCGCUGACCUUAAGAAGAGAAUAGAAUCGUUAAUUGACAGAGACUACAUGGAAAGAGACAAGGAGAAUCCCAAUCAGUACAACUACAUUGCAUAAACACAAAAUGAGCCUUUUUUUUUUUUUUUUUCCUUUUCUGCACACUGAUGUUCUUGGUUACUGGUGGAUAAACGAGCCUGUUGAUCCCAUUAAAUUAACCUUUUUUCUACUACCAAUGACUGAAUGAAAGCAACCUCUAAUGGGAUUGUGGGCAGGGGGGGGAAAGAAAUAUAGUCGAGUGGUCUUUUUUUUUUCAGUGGCUUUACAUGCCCAUUUAAAAGAGUAGUAUUUACAUUUUUACGAAGAAUGCUGUUGAACUCUUUGCAUGAUAUUUGGUAUGAACUGCGGAAGAUUGCAAGGAAGUAUCCAGUCUCUGUAAUUCUACCUUUUUCCUUAAGGGCUAGAGGGACAAUCUCUCUCUAGCAACUUUGCUGUCAUCCCAUUUUGGGGAAAAAACAAAACUUAAACUGUGUGGCGUUUUUUAUUAAGAAAACAAAAACCCCGAGUUACAACCUUUUUUUUUUUUUAAUUAAAAAAAAAAGACGCUUAAACUGCAUGCAAAUUUCUAACUGCUAUAAUGAAAUUAUUGGGUUUGUUUAUUGGACAACAAAGCCUGUGUGGAUUGGCAGUCUUCAGAAUGGAAAAGCCGCUCUCGUUUUCCUAAACAUAACAAAAUUCUUCUGUAGGUGUUAGAAAGAAAAGCACGCCACUGGAUUUUUCCCCCAAGGUUGAGGAAAAAAAGGACCUGCCAUAAAAUGCUUGGAUUUGUGGUGCAAAUAUUACUGUGAAAAAGCUUAAGGGAAUUAGGCUGCUGCUUACUUCCUUCGUCCUCAAGUGUAAGUACUUUUUUUAAAAAAAAAUAAAACAAUUCAUGAUAACAAGAGUUAAUUGUGAAGAGGGGGGGGGGAAUUUAGAGGCUCAUUAAUUCAGAGACUCUGAAUUAAUGGACGUCAGGAUGUAAUGUGAUAGCUGCACUGGGUGUUUAUUUUUCCCCCUCCCCUCCCAUGCAAAAUUAGAGGUUUUAUACUUCUUCUGAAUUGCACAUGUUUUAUUAUUAGACCAAGAAUUUAUAAAACAGGUAUUUAUGAAACGGCGCCUUCCAUCCCCGUCCAGCCGCAGCCAAGAGAAGAGUUGUAGCUUCAAUCAGUGUUUCUCAAACUUGUCAGCUUUAAGAUGUGUACACUUUGCUGGCUUUGGGAGUUCUGGAAGUCGAAAUCCACACGUCUUAAAAGUUGCCAAGUUUUUUAAAAAAAACAAAACACUAGCCUAAAUAAUACCUCUGCUUUCUCUUCAUUGAGUCAUGCUGGAUUCGGGGUGGGGAACGGGGGACCAUUUCUGGACAGGCUGAAUUUGCUGAACAUGGUUCCCAUCGUAAUGGUACCCUUUCCUCACCUGGUCCUGUUAGUAUGGGGGCUAUAAAUCCCAGACUUCCCCAGUCAGCUAGCAUGGAAAGCCUUAAGAGAGCUGCUUAUCAGCUCUUCCAGUGUCUAUAGUGCUCUUCAGGAGGUACAAUUCUAAGAGAGCAUCAGGAUGGUAUUAAAAGACCAUCCAAGCCUACCUUCAUUGCUUUUAAUUUAUUACACCAAAUAUGUGGAUAGCCUGAGUUGCUUUUUCCAUCAGAAAGUCCUGCACUGUUACCCCGAAUGCAUGCAUCCCAUCCAAAAUCCUGUUUUUAAUCUGUGUUCAGUUGUCAUCUCCUCUCUGAACAGCUGAAUCCAGCGCUAAUCAUAAUUGUGCAAAGCCUGAACUAGCAGAGUUUUUCUUCCAUAACUUGUCCAAUCCAGAAAAUCUCUGGAUUGAAACUUUAUUCAGACGUUAAGCCACCUUCUCCCUUCCUGGCACACCUCCAGUGGAAAUAUUUAGCCAUCCAUGGCCUCCCUAACCCGGUCAUCUUGAAAAUGAAUAUUUCCUGCCUAAGAGUGACAUUUAAGUACGAGCGUCUGUCUACCUUUCAUGUAAGCUAGUUUAGCAAGCCAUCUUGCUGGUACAUCUGUGCCUGGGAACUCAGGGAGACAAGCAUUCCUCACAGAAAUUGGGUUUUUUUUAAAAAAAAACCUUUUCUCCAAUCAUCAAGUGAUGCUGGGUUUUUUUUUUCCUCCCUUAAAGAGACUCUGUAAAAAGGAGAAAUGUUCAUAGUCAGUCCACCGAAUCGUUUUCCCUAAGUGAUGCUGAAUAAUACCAAUUUUUUCAGCCAUAUCGGCCAGCAACUUUUCUUUCUGCUGGCAUCAUGUGCCUGCUUUAUGGAGCCAUAAAAAUAUUUAUAAUAGAUAUGUAUAUAAAAAUCAACAUUUCCCCCCGCCCCCAACUAGGGGCUAAAGCAGAGACCCACAGCUUGUAUGGACAUAAAUUUUUAAAAUCUUUUUUUUUUUCCUGUUGCAUGCAGUUUAUAGCAGCCUCCUUUGUAUGAAAUCGGAAUUUCUGUUGAUUUUAGUUUGAAGGUUUUUUAACAACAAAAAACUUUAUAGCCAACAAAAUGAUUGUUUUUUUUGCUGAUUUACAUUUAAGUGACCACAUGGUUUCAAAAUUAAUGGCAAAGGUGUUGUACAAAAUUAUUUGUUCUAUAGUAUACACAAAGGUGCCAAAGUACGCAAUAGUUAAUUUAAAGAAAAUAGACAAUUGUUAACGUUACUUUAGCUGUGGUUUUAUUUACCUUUAUUCAUCAUUCAGAUGCUCAUUUUAUCCGUCUAAUGUGUGCCCCAUUUCUGUGUGUUUAAACGUGUGCUCCUGUCUUCGAUUUCUCCAAAAGCAAAACAUUUUGUCUUUCUAAUUUUCUUCAAAAUAAAAUGUAGUUUUGUUUGGGGGGGGUGUCUCUUUUUUUUUGGUUUUGUGCAUUGGAAAAAUACCACUUUUACUUUUAGUGACUUCAUAUAUAUAUAUAUAUAUAUAUAUAUAUAUAUAUAUAUAUAUAUAUAUAUAUAUAUAUAUAUAUAUAUAUAUAUAUAUAUAUAUAUAUAUAUUAUAUAUAUAUAUAUAUAUAUAUAUUCAAAAGAACAUCUCCUCCACCUCCCUAAAUGUUUAAAACUAAAAGAGUCCAGCAGCAUUCAAAAAUGUAAUAUACUUUUUUGUAUAAACACAUUCUUUGGAAAGAAUAAUCUUUGCAACGGGUGGAGGGAGGGAACAGACAGCAGUGGGAGGGGAAAAAGAAAAUAAUCCUGUUUCUUUGAAGAAGCCACUUCAGUAGGCUAUUUAAGAUUGUGCUUGUUUAUUGCAUAGAAGUGUUCUAUUUACACAGGUCUGCAAAGAGGACAUGUCCGCAUUAAUUCCUUCAAUGCAAAUAAAAUACCAAAACCUGAAACAAUUUUCAAAAUGCUUCAUAAGUAAAAGUGGAUGGGGUACAGAGAGUCUCUUUGGUAAAUAAUGUAAAUACAUGUCCUUUAAAAAGAGUGAGUCUGUUAUCUAGGUAUUUUGUGUCAUUUAAUAAAUAAUAAACAGUUUUGUGUUGCUAAA